AUGGUUGAAGUAUCAGGAACAGAGGGAUUGUCCACCCAGGUGAUCACCCAUCCAGGUACUACCCGGGUGAUCCCCCAUCCAAGUUCUACCCAGGUGAACACCCCUCCAAGUACUACCCAGGUGAUCAGCCAUCCAAGUUCUACCCAGGUGAACACCCAUCCAAUUACAAUCUGUGACAGCAGAGGGAUUGUCCACCCAGGUGAUCACCCAUCCAGGUACUACCCAGGUGAUCCCCCAUCCAAGUUCUACCCAGGUGAACACCCCUCCAAGUACUACCCAGGUGAUCAGCCAUCCAAGUUCUACCCAGUGGAUCACCCAUCCAAGUACUACCCAGGUGAUCCCCCAUCCAGGUACUACCCAGGUGAUCACCCAUCCAAGUACUACCCAGGUGACUACCCAUCCAAGUACUACCCAGGUGAUCACCCAUCCAAGUACUACCCAGGUGAUCACCCAUCCAAGUACUACCCAGGUGACUACCCAUCCAAGUACUACCCAGGUGAUCACCCAUCCAAGUACUACCCAGGUGAUCACCCAUCCAGUACUACCCCGGUGACUACCCAUCCAAGUACUACCCAGGUGAUCACCCAUCCAAGUACUACACAGGUGAUCACCCAUCCAAGUACCACCCAGGCGAUCACCCAUCCAAGUACUACCAAGGUGAUCACCCAUCCAGGUACUACCCAGGUGAUCACCAAUCCAAGUUCUACCCAGGUGAUCACCCAUCCAAGUACUACCCAGGUGAUCACCAAUCCAAGUUCUACCCAGGUGAUCACCCAUCCAAGUACUACCCAGGUGAUUACCCAUCCAAGUUCUACCCAGGUGAUCACCCAUCCAAGUAUUAUCUAUACUCUCCUGGCAGCCCAUGUACCUGACAUAUGUUAG